AUGGAAUCGACUCGUCCGGGGCGCAGGGAUCCGCGCAGAUCGAGAUUCGGCUGCCGGAAUUGCAAGCUCAGAAAACUCAAGUGCGACGAGGGGAAACCGCAUUGUAAGAGAUGUAGCUCUUUCGGGAUACUAUGCAAUUUCAUGUGGAAUAUUCCCGAUCUUCAGCCUAUAACUGCUGGCACAGGGCGAUCACUGGUGGUUAAGCCCCCUGUCACCAGUGCCGUCUGGACGUCUGACGAAUCCACCUCAUAUCAAUACCAACUGAACGCGAAAUGUCAAAACUUCAUCACCCGGUAUCUAGGACGAAGUCUCGUCAGCACUACCCCAGAUGACUCUAAUAUGAUGCAUGUUAAUCGCGAGCUCCUGGGAUUGGCAUUCACUUAUCCUUGUUUAAUGCACGCCUCCCUAGCCGUGGCAUUUUCAUAUGACCGCCAUCUGGAUGGCUCACUAGGCUCCCGUCGCAGUCUAGAAGAGUGCUACCACUGGUCCCAAAGCACAACCCUUCUCAACAGACGAUUAAAAAAACCAAUUGAAGAAAAAGACAAGGACCCAAUCUGGGGAACCGCAGCCGCCCUAGCCAUUUUGUCCUUCUCGUCACCCGAUGCACGCACACCCCAAGAAUCAUGGCCCUUGAACUCCUCUAACCAGUCCGAUCUCGACUGGGUACACAUGGGCAAGGGCAAAAUGUCGCUAUGGAAUAUAAUGAACCCACUACGACCGAACAGUAUAUUCCGCGUCAUGGCAGCGACCUUUGCCCAUAUGAACCUACCCUUACCAGAGAAAGGCAUAGAGGCUAUACCAACACCCCUAGCCGCCGUUUGUCUCAUGAGCCACUCAUCCACAGCACAAAAUAAUCCUUAUUUCGACGCCGCCCACGCAGUAUCCCACAUCCUACACCUCCCAGAUAGCGAGGUCACAACCGGCCAAACUCAACUUUUCACGCGCAGCAUCCAUGGCUCGUUCGAGGAUCUGCUCCGCAAUAGAGACCCUGUGGCGCUUUUGUUGCUGUAUCUGUGGUAUCGCAAGACGAGUCGCAGUAUAUGGUGGAUUGAGCUCAGAGCUAGGGUUGAGUGUCCUUCUAUCUGCGAAUACCUGCGGAUAUAUCACGGAGAGAAUACUACCGUACAGGAAUUCCUUCCGGGGGGGACUCUCGCUGAUAUGUGGGAUCGUUGA